AUGCAGUGGCUCAUCACUGGAUGCUCUAGUGGCUUGGGCCUAUCUCUGGCGCGUGCAGUACUCACACGUCCAGGUGAGAAAGUCAUUGCUACCUCCAGAAAUCCUUCGUCUUCGCCCGAAGCGGUCAACGAAAUUAUCAACCAUGAUAAGGCAGUGUGGGAGACGCUCGACGUGUCUGCACCAGAUGUCGAGAUCCAGCUUGCCAAAAUUGUAUCGAAGCAUGGAGCCAUCGAUGUCCUGGUAAACAACGCCGGCUAUGCCGCUGGUGGGGUCUUUGAGGUCACUCCGCUCGAGGCUUUGAGGCAGCAAUUUGAGACAAACUUCUUCGGAGCUGUAAGAUUGAUGCAGGCUGUCGUUCCGGGAAUGCGGACUUCCGGCAAAGGUGGUGUCAUUGUGAAUAUAUCCUCUAAUGUCUUCUGGCAACCUCUUCCGGUCAUAUCGGCAUAUUCGGCGAGCAAAUGGGCUCUUGAAGGAUUCUCGGAAGCAAUCGCUGGUGAAAUCUCCCCAUUCAACAUUAGGAUGAUUAUUGCUGAACCUGGUGGCAUGCGGACUUCAUUUCUCGAGCCCUCAAAGAUGUCGAGCUUGAAUGUGGAUCUCCCUGCGACGUACAGGGGCACUAUCGCUGAGACUUUGUACGAGAUGUUCGCUGCAAUGCAUGGAGAGCAGGCUCUCGAUCCAGAGAGAUCGGCACGUGCCCUUGUGAAAGAGGUUCUUGAGCCAACUUCCAUGAAGAAUGAUGAGACCGGAGCACCUCAAAACAUAUUGAGGCUGCAGCUCGGCAAAGAAACGGUUGGCACGAUGCAGAAGAAAAUCAUGACCUUCCAGACAGAAGCUGAAGUUUUUCAGGCGCAAGCCUUUGCAUGUGAUUUUGAUGCUUAG